ACUCACGGCCCCACGAUUGUGUUCUUUCUCAAUAAAAUCUCCUCAUCGGCAGAAAAAUAUAGGAAAAAAAUCAUAGUUGGGUUUGUGAAUUGAUAGGAAAGGUUUAAAACACAGUUUGCUUUGUGAACCAGAAGAACUCUGAGAGAAAAGAAAAGUUGAGAGCUGCUAAGGAUUUUGAUAAUGGCGGCGGCAGCAGUAGAAGCACCGGAUGCAAAGAAGUUGCCCCCAGGGUUUCGAUUUCAUCCUAGUGAUGAAGAAAUUGUGGGUUAUUAUCUGAAGAACAAGGUCUCUGGUAGGAAACCAGAUAUUGAAGUUAUUCGCGAGAUCGAUCUUUACAAGUGCGAGCCCUGGGAUUUGCCAGAUAAGUCUAUCUUGCCUACUACUAGAGAUCAAGAGUGGUUUUUCUUUAGCCCCCGGGACAAGAAAUAUCCCAAUGGGUCACGCUCAAACAGAGCUACUGAAAAAGGUUACUGGAAAGCAACAGGAAAGGAUCGUAAGGUGACCUCUCAAUCAGAUAAAAUUGGAAUGAAGAAGACUUUAGUCUUCUACAGAGGUCGUGCUCCAAAUGGACAAAGAUCGGAUUGGCUGAUGCAUGAAUAUCGCCUAGAUGAAACACAGUGCAUUGGAGCCCCUCAUUUAAAGGAACUUUAUGUGGUAUGCCGAGUAUUUAGAAAGCCCAAACAAGGCUUAAAGAAUGGAGAGCAAUAUGGGACCACUGGGGACUUUGAUUUCUCUCUUUCCAAGAGCAAUUCAUCUCCUACCAAUGUGAACAUUGAAGAAUCACAAGAAGAUGACACACAGGCCACUUCAGGCUUCGAAACAUCAUCUGAGAUUAUAGACAAUAAGAUUGAAGACAAUGCUGGCUUUGAUGGGUCAAUGGAUUCUUCACAGGGAAGGUCUAAUCCAGAGUAUCGUCACCUCACUUCUGUGAACAAAAAUGCUAAUAUGGAGCCGGGGACUCAAGAAUUGCCAUCCGAACCUGCAACUCAGGAGUAUAUUUAUGAUGAGGAAUUGAAUCAGCUAUUUCACAGUUUUGACGCUGAUCCUUAUACCCCUUUUGGAGGCACAAUGGAUGCCUAUUACAGAGAUGAAAUUUCUAAUUUUGAGGAUAAUUUAGACUUGCCUUUGUUCGAAGGUAUUUUUGAUGGAGUAAAUUUUGGUUAUUGUGAACAAUCCAAUGAGGAAUCAAAUAAUUAUCAAUCAUAUUCUGGAGAGGUUAAUGACAGCACACCAGAUAAUGGUGUUCACUUCCAGUUGCGCACUCGCCCUACAAAUUGGCAGGACCAUGAACAGCCAUUGCCCAGUCAGGGGACUGCUUUAAGAAGAGUUCGUUUGCAGAUAUACAAAACUGAUGAAUCUGAAGACCUGAACAAACUGAAUGGACUUUCUGGACACUGCCAGUCAGAAUGUCAUAAUUGUAACAUUGAUGACUCAGAGAGUGUUACACAGAAUGAAGGCUCUGCACCAACAUCUUUGCCAAGGAAAGCACACUCUUUUGAAGAAGAUGAUGCAGAUUCCAGUUUUGUCUAUGAUUCUGCUGAGGCUUUUGAAAGAGUUACAAAUGAUCGUAGCUUGACGGUAGAACCUGCAAAGGCUCUAGCAUCUUGCCUUUCCACUGAGGAGUCUUCAGAGAGAAGUGAGAAUUCCUUAACUGCUACAGGAUCAGAAGAAGAAUCUAUUCUUAGUGUGGCAUUGGACGCUCUGAAGAUAUCAGGUUGUGGUCAAUCUUCAUGUGCCUCAGAUGGACUCCUGAUUCAAAUCAUUCAAGAUAGCAGCGAGAGGCCUCAAGAACAAGUUAGCAAGUCUACUGGCCAUGGAGUAUCCAUUUCUGUCACAAGAGAAGAAUCAUUGAUGGACAAAUCAGAAAAUGUUGAGAAACGUGAAGAUACAAUCCCAGAAUGUAAUUCAAAAAUACCUGACCAGGCAUCUGAAUUUAGUGACAGCUCAGUAAAGGGAGUAAAACUGGCUUCUCAUGGAACUUCAUCUACAGAGCUUCAAACAGAUUCUAAAAUUUCAUCUACAAGUGCCAUGGAAAUGAAAUUGGUAAAAGAAAGCAUGAAAUAUUCUGCAUUGGAAGUGAAGUCUGCAACUAAAAUGAGUGGUAAGAAGGGUAAUUUGGAAUCUGACGGUGUAGGAAAUUUUAAUUCCAUGAAAGCCCGGGCUAUUAGUUCUCCUAGCACUGGUAUGGAAGAGAUCGGGAUCAGUGGUGAAGGAAGUGUUAAACGUGCAGGCUUCAAUGUUAUUUGGUAUGGCUUGAAGCUGAGAGGGAAACCUGGGACAAAAGAUAUGGUGUUUGAUGGUAAAGAAAAGUCAAUGGAUGCAACAGGAGGCUUUUCCCACCACUGGUCCAAAAAGGGUGGCAAUGGUUCUGUUGAUUUACAGAAGGCACAUGAUGUAUUCUUUCUAUGGGAAUGGACAAAUAUUUUUCAAGAAAAUGGAUGGCACAGUCAAUUGGUUAGCCUUAUGUUAGAGGUUGUGCCGUGAUGGAAAGCAAUGUCUUUCAAAGCAAGAUGCUAUGUUGAAGAGGUGAAGCUUGUUGUCUGGCCAACAUAUGGAUUACAGCAAUGAGAUCCAGUCAAUCCAGUCAUGUUUCAAUUCAGGUCUGGAGAUAUUCGUCUUUAAUCACAAUUGUUUAGAGAAAUUUAAGAAUAUCUUUGAAACUUUCUGUCUGCUGCAUCACAUGGCAAUAGAUAAAGGGCAUAAUGAAUGUGCAUGGUAGUAAUAACUAUAUAGCUAUCAAGAGUUCUAUGUAAGAUCUUAGGUACUUCAAUUCGGUUGAUCACGGUCAGUGGCUUUGAUUGACAGUUGUAAAUUUCAAAGGUUAACAUUCUGUUAUGGUACUAUUUGUUUUGAUUCAAAUUUCAACUCACAUCUUUCAUCAA